CAAAUCCUGCCGCGUCAACCGCGUCCUCCGAACGUGCAACCAUGCCAUGGCCACCAUAAAGCCCAUAGAGGGCCGGUCGGUUCAUCAAAUCCAAUCUGGCCAGGUCAUUGUCGAUUUGUGUUCCGUUGUGAAGGAGCUGGUAGAGAACAGUCUAGAUGCAGGAGCGACGAGCAUUGACGUACGAUUCAAGAACCAGGGACUUGAGUCUAUAGAAGUACAAGAUAAUGGCGACGGCAUCUCCCCGCAAAACUAUGAGACGCUCGCUCUCAAGCACCAUACUUCCAAGCUCUCGACCUACUCCGACCUCACAACUCUCCAAACCUUCGGUUUCCGUGGUGAAGCUCUAUCCUCGCUCUGCGCACUCUCGCAUUUCUCGGUCAUAACAUGUCAGGCACAAGAUGCGCCGAAGGGCACUAAGCUCGAAUUCGAGGUGUCGGGGAAGCUGAAAGAAACGAGCGUGGUGGCGGCACAGAAGGGAACCACUGUCAUAGUCGAAAAUCUCUUCAAUAACCUCCCAGUGCGAAGACAAGAACUGCAGCGAAAUAUCAAGAGGGAGUGGAACCGGGUUGUCGGAGUUUUGGGUCAAUAUGCCUGCAUCCAAACGGGCAUCAAGUUCUCCGUCAGCCAGCAGGCCAGCAAGGGGAAAAAGACCACCCUCUUCUCUACCAAGGGAAAUCAAUCUACCAGGGAGAAUAUUGUCAAUGUCUUUGGAGCCAAGACGCUCACGGCCUUGAUAACUCUGGAUUUGAAUCUGGAAUUGGAACCCACCAGUGGUCCCAGCCAAAGAUGGAGCACUCAAGAAGUUGGAGGGAAGAAGGACAUCCGAAUUUUGGGACACAUAUCACGCCCGGCUUCUGGUGAAGGUCGUCAGACUCCAGACAGGCAGAUGUUCUUCGUCAACUCCAGGCCUUGUGGUCUUCCACAGGUGUCAAAAGCGUUCAACGAGGUCUACAAGGCCUACAAUGGCUCCCAAUCACCAUUUAUCUUCGCCAACAUUGAGUUAGACACUCAUCUAUAUGAUGUUAAUGUCAGUCCAGACAAGCGGACUAUUCUGCUACACGACCAGAAUCGCAUGCUGGAGAACCUAAAAGUAGCUCUGACGGAGCUCUUUGAGUCUCAAGACUACAGAGUACCGAUUUCCCAGCUGCCUGCACAGAAGCAACCAUCAUACAAGCAGCUUACAAUUACCCGUGAGGAUACAGCACAGCCAAAGACUCCAUUAAUCAGCUAUGCCAAUGCGGGGCAAUCAAAAACUCCACAUCCAGAGACUCCAGCUGAAUCUACCGAAGGAGAGGAUUCCGAAGAUAUAUCCCGGUCUUCGAGAAUGGAGCAAAGCACUGAUGACGAGGGCCAACGAAAACCUUAUAACCCUAAGUUCAGUCGCAGUGCCGUCUCUAUUGAAGCCAGGAGCGGAUCCGUUUCCAGGGAGUCCAUAAGCAAAGACCAUGAAUCUGUCAGUCUCAUUUCCAACUGGCUCGGUAAGAAAACAGAAGACCGUGCGGAUCAAACGAAUCCAGGCUCCAAAUGCGAGAAGAACAAUGAAGCUCCCGAAAGCUUGUCGAAAGAGAAGCAAAAACUUAUUGCAAAACUUGGAAGGGAGAGUGAACAGCUUGUGAGGGAUCCUUCCGAAGAUCCGGAUAGCUCUGUCGCCACCAGCCAGUCAACCGCAUUCACGCCUUCACACAACCCCCCUGUUCCCGUUCCUGACUUCAGUGCGCAAGCUCCUGAGCAGGAUAGACCUCAGAAUGUCUCCGAUGACAGCCCCAGUUCCGUUGAGCGUGAGACUCCAAUACCCGCUCUUCAAUCUCCUGCGAAAGGGACCCCCUCUAUUGCCGACAGGUUUUCUAGUACCGCAAGAUCGUAUCGAGCACCUGCUGAAAUUGCAACAAUUACCAUCGGAGAUCACACGGUAACUACUUCUAUUGGUACUCCGUGUCCCAAACGGGCGAGGAUUGAGAGUCUUCUAAGCACAUCCCGCAAUAAGCGUCCAUCACAAGCUCCGGGUUCAACACUGCCCUCAUUCGGGAAAACUCUCAGCCAGCGAUUUGCUGCACCAGGAACAGCUCUACAGUCUGAUCCCGAAGAGGAUGAAAUCGAAGAGGAACCGAGGGGGAGCUGGAGGAGCUGGAGGAGGCGGAAGACAUCGCCAUGCAAUCGACGGCACCCGUCAUAAAGGAGGAGGAAGAGGAAAUGGAUUCUUCUACUAUCCUUCCCAGAAUCGAGGGGGAUGGCGAGUAUCUGGAUGAAGAUCAGAAGAAAGCUCAAGAGGACGCCAAGGUCCAAGAGAUGAUUCAUGACGCAGAGACGGCCGGCGCUACUCCAUCACAAGAGAACGCACAGAAGGCCAAGAUCAUGCUCAAAGGUGGAUCAAAGAAGAAAGAUGCGACUUUGGAUCUGGUUAAGU